CUUCGUGGGCCUCGCGCGAAGAUAUCGCUCUGCCUCUAACCCUAAUACGCUUCAUCGAGAAAACGGAGGUCGUCUCAUUCCGGUGACCUCUGCGACUUGAAACGGUCUGAGUAAUGGCUCCGUUUAGAUGUGUCUUCAAAGCGUUGUUUAGAUCUGAGAGGCGAUGUGAUUUCAGUAUAAAUAUAUGUGAGAUCCCUCACCUUGAACUCAUCUCUUAUUCAAGGAUGCUCCCAUGAAUGUUCGUCUCCUACUUCGUGGUGGGUGACUCCACGAACAGAAUCUCUCCUUCCUCUGAUUACGCCUCCAUCUCCUCCGGUCACCAGUCUCUUCAGAAGAGUCGAAAGAGCGGAGAUGCCAAACGAGCCAUCGUUGAUCCACCUCAUAUGCUUAGGAUUCGCGCUCGCGGUGCUUGGACUCAACAAGUUUAGAAUAUCAGAUAGGUUGAACAUUGAUAGAUACACUCAAGGCUUCUUGGAGAAUCACAAAGGCCUCACCGAGGACUACUGGCCACUCUACGCUGUUGCGGGUGGCAUUUGUGUCUUUAUCGGUUGGGUCUGGUCGUUGCUUCUCGGCUCUUACGCCAAUGAGAUGAUGAAAGUGUCGGUUCACAUCUUGACCACCUACUUAGCCGUGGUUAGCGUGCUGUGUUUCUGGUGCAGGCAGUUCUUUUGGGGCGGCGAGUUCGCUGUUGGAGCUCUGUUGCAGUUUUUGUAUUGUAGAUAGGUGCGUGGGAGAGUUGUAAUAUGUCUGAACCGUUAUGGUUAUUUAGUAAUGUUUAUUGUUUCAAGUGUGUAUGCUUCCCUUUAGUCAGGUAUAUAUUCUAUUG